AUGGCCAUCAGGUCUCUCGCCUUCAACGAGCUGUAUGGGAGCAUACCGAGCACUCUCACCAAGCUCACACAGCUCACAUACUUCGACCUCUCCCACAACUACCUCACAGGACCUGCAGUCAUGCCUCUUGCUGCACGCACCCUGGAUCUCUCCAGCAACUACCUCUCGGGCCCUCUGCCCGACGGGGGAUGCCAGCCUCUUUCUUUGGAUGCCAACUGCUUCACGCUGCCGCUUGGCUGUGCCCUGGUACCGCAACGGCAGGAGGCAGCAUGCAAUGCAUUCUGUGGCGUCUCCUCUGCUGCUGGUGCUGCUGCUGCGUGUGGUGGACAUAAGGUGUGCUAUCCAGAGGGAGCUAGCUUGGCACCCACAUGUCUGUGCGACGUGGGAUUUGUGCAAUUUGGAGAGAUCAGCUGUGUUGCUCAAGGCCAGAACAAGAAUCACUCAAGAAGCCAGCCGGUUCUCCAGUCAUUGUCUGUGCUCACCAAGGGGGUGCAGCGCGAGACAGGGGGGAACUUCACUGCAGCGCCGGUGACGCUGUUUGUGUACGAGGCAGGGCAGACACGUUUGGGGUGUGGGCUGGAGCUUGCCUUCCACGCCAACUUCACCUUCUCCCUCUCGCCUCGAUCCGGCCGCGUGGGCUUCAACGGCUUUGCCUUUGUCGUCUCCGCGAUAGACCUGGUGGGGAGUGGUGUAGGUGUGGGGUAUGGUGGAAUGGACACACGGAGCAUCGCAGUUGAGUUUGACACUCUGCAGAAUAAGGAGCAUGGUGACAUGAGCGGCCAGCAUGUGGGGCUGAACAUUCGAGGCGAGGACAGGUCGCUAGCCGCUGUGAGGUUGCCCUUCCCUCUGAGCAACAGGAAGGCGUACACGGCGUGGGUGGACUAUGAGCCGGGGGACCCCGGCACCUUCCACGUCUUCCUGGCUGACUCGCAGGAGAAGCCGCAGCGGGCACUGCUGGAGAGGAGGCUGGCGCUGUGUGAGACCUUCAAGUACCAGGAUCCUGGAUGCUAUACUGGCAGACUGAACCAUGUUGUACUUGUUGUUGGGUACUUCGUCUUGAGAAAUGACGGCAGCCAAAAUCGCAUUGCGCCUCCAUUUUGGAUAGUCCGGAACUCGUGGGGAGUGGAGUGGGGUGACCGAGGCCACAUGCGCAUGGAUAUCCAAGGAGGGGAUGGUGUGUGUGGCAUCAACGUGCUGCCUGGCAUCUACCCCAUUGUAAAGAUGGACGUGUGUGGGGCUGACUUGAAGAACCCCUGCUACGUGGGCACAUGCAUCAAUGACGGCAAGGGCUCCUACUCCUGCAUCUGCCCUCCCAACUACGUUGAAAGCACAACCAUUGACAACUUCCCCACCUGCGAUCCAGGUGCUGCUGCCAUGGCUUUGGUUACUCUUGUAUCAUCAUUUGGCCUUCCCAUGGCCCCUCUGAAUGCGGUAAGCAGUGGAGAGGGAGAGGCUGGGAGAGAUGAGAAUCAUCCUUUGCCUCGUAACCUCGUGCUUCAGCUGGGGAGUUUUCUCCUCGUUCCCUGCACCGCAUUCUUCUACACCCUCAGUGUGAGCUGUCGUCCUUCACGGCAACGCUGUCUUAUCGACUCCACCGUGCUCAUAGUACUUCCGUGCUCCAUUAACCUCAGCCAUCUGUGCCUCCUUUCGUGGUUCAACCCUCCAGGGCGACACAUGCUGGUCCAUCAGCGCCCAGGUGGGCAUCACCAGAUUAACCUCAUGGCUCUCAAUCCCGGCCUCGGCUGCUCAGAGCCCAUCAAGGCGGGCCGCUAUCUGUGUGUCGAGCGUAAUGCCACCUUCGCCUUCACCGUGCCUCGGUGCUUGCAAUACGGUGUGCUCACAGCACAGGACACAUGUGAGCGCCUGCUGCAGCAGGUGGCGGGGAGUGAGGAAGACCCAUCGGGGGCUGUGAAGGUGAAUGCCAUGCACUGGGCUGAGUUGUACCGCAACAAUCCCGGCCUCAUCUGCUCGAGUGUCAUCCCAGUCUCCGCCUCUGCUGUUGGCAGCAAUAGCGGCGUGCAGGUGAGAGGUGGAGGGGAACUGGGUUGGGGGCGCAAGCAAUGGGAAGGAAAUGGGGGGGAAAUUGGUUGGUGA